AUGGCAGCUCAGACCCUUCUCACUCGCCAACCGUUCAAAGGUCUCUGGGUCAUCCUCGCUAUUGGAUUCAAUGCUUUCCGUCUCCCGCUCUGGAUGCUCUACUAUAUCCCGAAGUUCCUACGCCAGCAUCCUGAAUGGACAUAUCGACAAGCGAUCGGCGUACGGAUCCUGAAAGCAUACCUCAACACCAUUUCGCCGAUUGCACACGGAACAUCAACGUCGCUCUCACCUGGGGCAGAAGGCAAGCGCUGGGUCAUCGUGAAACCCGCGAAGCCGGAAGUCUAUACUGGGAUUGUGAAGAAGGAUGAGGAGAUCGUGCCGGAGAAGUUGGGGGGAACAUGGUAUCCCAAGACGUUGGAGAAAUAUGAGGAGGCCCAAGGGGAAGAUAUAGUGCUUCACUUCCAUGGCGGGGCUUUUGUAAUCGGGGAUGGUCGUGAGAAAGACGCAGGGUUCGCGGCCAGGACAAUCAUAAAAAAUACGACGGCAACCCAUGUCUUCUGUCCGCAAUACAGACUGUCGAGCAUUAAAGGGGGGCGUUUCCCCGCUGCUCUGCAGGACGCGAUUACAGCCUUCCAGUACCUGACAGAGACACUGGGCAUCCCUGCGAACAAGAUCACCAUAUCAGGUGACAGCGCCGGCGGGAAUCUCUGUCUCUCCCUCUUGAGAUACAUUGCGGACCAUCCCGAGGCGGGACUCCCGAAUCCGGCCUGUGCAUGGUUAUGGUCGGCAUGGGUGGACCCAGGAAAGAGUUUAAAGCCCGGAGUCUCCGGUUUCGAUCCGAAGAUAGUCACAGAUUACCUGAAUGAAGAGUUCGGUGCCUGGGGGGCAAGAACAUAUGCGCCGAGUCCAAAGAGCGGGAUUACCCUCGACCAUCCCAAUAUUUGCUUUGCGGAUAACGCAUUUGCAACACCUACUCCACUUUUCUUCUCGACAGGCGAGUGCGAGGCGCUCUAUCCCGACGAUGUGAAGUUGUAUGAGAGUUUUAAAGCUGUGCCGGGAAACAAGGUCGUGUUGCAAGUUGAGAGGAAGGCCGUGCAUGAUAUUAUUCUGACUGGUAAGGUGGUAGGCUUUGAGAAAGAGGCUGCAGAAGCUGUGAGGGGAGCGGGUGUGUUUCUCGAAGGGAGCAGGUAG